GCGACCCGCCCCCGAGGCGGCGCGGCCGCCGCGCCAUGCAGCCGCGCCCUGCCGCCGCGCUGCUGGCGCUGUCGGCCGCAGGGCUGCCGUUCCCGUCCGCGGCCAUCGGCGUGUGGCCGGUGCCUCGCCCUGCGGCAGGGCCGCUAACACAUUCUCCAACUUCAAAGACAUUGUCAGCUCCACGUGCACUGUUGAUGGACACCAGCUCCAACAAAUCCCGGACCUCCGAGAGCGAUGCCCAGUUCCUCGUCCAGGCCACCUUCGGCCCGACCCGCAGCAGCUUGGCCGAGCUGAGCCAGACGACGCUGGAGUCCUGGAUCUCGUCACAGAUGACAGCCCCUGUCGGGUCCCACCGCGAGUACUACCGCAAGCGGGUUAACAGCCGGCUGAUCGACUACCCCGGUGUCGGCUCGGUGCGGUCGCGGUGCGCAGCGGGCUCCCGCUGGCAUUCCUUUGCGUUCAGCAUUGAGGACAAAGCGAAGCGAGUCCAGAUUACGGGCAACAAGAUCUACGUCGACGGCGCCCACCGGAGUGACAUCGACCCCGCCUAUCUUGGAAACGGCCUGCGUGCCCCGGACAACUGCACGGACGUGGUCGCGGGCCGAUACAUGUCAGCGUGCAGCGAUAUUGUGACAUGGGGUUGGCCCAGGCACGCGUGCAACGUGUGGACGAGUUGGAUAGACAACAGGUAUUGCC